AUGAAUGCUGGCAUACAGAAUCUCGUUAUAUCCCUCGGGGCCAUGCAAGUGGCCCGAAAAAUCCCCUUUGACGAUCCGGAUGUACUCAACUACGCACGGAUUGGAUACCUUGUGACCCAGUUUAUCAUCUUGGGCAUAUACUACUAUAUUUCCAUGACGGUUAAGCGGAAGAAUGACCAGACUGUCCUUAAGUACGUGGAGCCCUCGACCCCGAUGUCUGGAGAAGAAGGGAAAUUAGUGACGACGACCGUGCGGGACUAUGAUCUUGUUGAGACGUCCAAGCUGCUGCGGUCGGUGUACAUGGGUAUUGCGAUGAUGGGUUUCCUGCAUGGCUACAUGAAGUUCACACAGCCGCUUUUCAUUCAGUCCCUCAUGGGUCUUAAAAAUUUGUAUGAUGCCAAGCUCGUCGCUAUCCAUAUCUUUGGCAAGCCAGCCGAGGGUGACUUGAAGCGCCCCUUCAAAUCGCCUCCAGGGUUUUUCGGAGCUACCGGCCCUCAAACUGACAACGCCGCCAUUACUGAGGCUGAGAAGCGUGUCGGAUCCAAGAAGGAAGAAUAA